AUGCGCCUGAAGAGCACGGCGUUGGCAGGCAAGAAUAUGAUCAUCAAUCAAGUCCAGAUCAAAAAGUCUCUGAACUACAGUUUCCAGGACAACAAGACGACUUUCAGGACAGAGCUGGUAGACAUCGAAUGUGCUGUUCAUCAUCAUCGGAGUACCCCGGAUCGCCGCGGGAUGGAACAGCUGACUCAAGGGGGUUACAAGGCCUGUACGACAGUGAAGCACCGGCGCGCCAUCACUGAUAGUGAUGUCAUCAAUGACGGUUCCAUGACUUCGGAAGACAACAAGGGAGUACAAAUUUGA